AUGCCUGUCCCGACCGGCCUCAAGGGCAAACACGCAAUAUAUUCUGUUAUUUUCCUUGUUGAGCUCGACACGGCCCAUGGAGUUAGGCCCAGCCUGUUCCAGCGCGCCGUGCUCAUGUCCGGCUCGGCGUACAGCCCCUGGGCCCUGGUGCAGGACCCCGUGCGCGCGGCGGUGCGCGUCGCCUCCAAGCUCAACUGCACCGUGCCCGCGGACCUGGCGCGCGACCACGAGGACAUCGUGGACUGCCUGCGCGCCGCGCCGCUCGACAGCCUCCUGGACGCGGCCGCGCUCCCCGCCCCGGACUACAUCUCCGUGUUCGGGCCGUCCGUCGACGGCGUCGUCAUCAAGAGGGACCUCGUCAAGGAGUUCCUCUCGGCCAGCAAGAAGGCGCUCAACGGCCAGGACGGCAAGGAGGCGUACGCGGACGGCGGCGGCGCGGACGCCUGGGCGCCCGGCAUGACGAUGCACGGCGCCAGGGGCUACGGGCUGCUGUGCGGCGUGGUGGCCAACGAGGCCGUGUUCCGGGUGCCCGACCGCGCCAUCGUGGCGGGGCUGGCCGGCGAGCAGCGCGACAGGAACGAGUACUCUGCGAAACCAGGUUCCAUGGCAUUUUCAGUAUCUGCAUUUGGAAGUGCACAGUCAACAGUCCCCGCACUUCAAGUGUCGAGUAUUCUCCACGAGAUUGGGGCUCUGUGA